AUGGCGGGGGGGCGGGGCCGCGACAGGCGCGCGCGGGACGCGCGGGAGCUGCACGAGCGGCUGCGGAGCGCCAGGGACCCCCGCGAGAUUAUAAAAACACUUCAGAUACUACAAGAUCUGGAUAUAUCACUGGAUAUUCUAGUGGAAACUGGCAUAGGCAAAACUGUGAACAGUUUUAGGAAACAUGCUAUGGCUGGGAGUGUAGCUAAAACCCUGGUAAAACAGUGGAAAAAACUUAUUCCUCCAGACAACAAAAGUGAUCACAGAGGAAGGAAACAAAAUACUGAAAAAGAGAAAGAUGACACAAAGUUGUCUGUUCUUGAGACGAGACCUUCAGAGAGGUCCAGAGCAUCUGUACUGGCUUCCAGAAGUUCCAGUAGCGUCCCUAUUUCUAAAAAGCUGAAUAAGCAGCAUACUUGUAAUGAAAAGUGCCAAAGUACAAUUUCUGAGUGUCAAAGAGAAUGUGAUGGUAAAGAACGUCGCAGCAGGAGUUCUAUGCAUGCUUCCCAGGAUACCAGUCCUCAAGGUGAAGAAAGUGGCUUUGAAGAGAGGACCUCCACAGACAGCAGGAAAGUUUCUAAAAAGCAGCAUUCCUCUGUAGCCAAUAAAGACUUAUCACCUGUGAAGGAAAAGCCUAGUAAGAAUGCUUCCAAACAGAGAAAUCCUAAGCAUGUGAAGAAGCCAAAUCAAAAACUUUUUAUAAAAAACAAAGCUGAGUUGUCUAGUGGUGAAGAAUUUGAGCCCCCUACAAUGUCUUUUGAAUCUUACCUUAAUUAUGAUCAGGUUACCAAAAAAAGAAAGAGGAAAGCUUGUUCUGCAGGUGAACGGCCAAAGAAGUGCAGUAAACAGAACAACAGUUCAUUACCACAAAAGACUUCAGAAUUUUCUCAAGCAAAAGAAGGAGAGGAAGAAGUGAAAAAAUGUGAGACUGAUCAGUCAGAAACUCCCAAUAAAAAGGCCAAGAUGGCAUCGCUCCAAGAUCUUCUUAACACUCCACUGCCUAAAUUUCUAACGGGCAUCUCAAUCUCUUCUCCCCCAUAUGCUGCAGACUUCAAAGUUUCUGUAGCACCUGUUGUAGAAGCACCCCAGCAAGUCAGUGAGACGGGUCAAUUCACAGGACGGAGGCUGAACUCUAAAAUGCAAGUUUAUUCUGGCUCCAAACCACCCAGUCUUUCAAAGAUGCUUACGCUGUAUGAACACUGCAUCCGCGUGCUUCAAAAUAAUAUUGAUUCGCUACAUGAAGUAGGAGGUGUGCCCUUUGAAAUUCUUGAGCCUGUGCUAACACGUUGCACACCAGAGCAGUUGUUUCGAAUAGAGGAAUAUAAUCCGACAUUUACAGAAGAGUCUGACCACUUGUGGAAGAAACAUUGCCAGAGAGAUUUUAAAAAUGAGAGCCUCCUGGAAUAUGAGUCUUGGCGUGAGAUGUACUUGAGGCUCUUCAAUCAGAGAGAAGAAAAACUGAAGAUGCUUACAAAAAGUAUUCUUUCAGCUCAGUCUGAGAAACCAAAAGGCCGGCAAGUAAAAAUGGCUUAUAUGACCAAUGCAGCGAAACCACCCAGGAACAUUCGCCGACAGCAAGAAAUCCAUGGGACAGCAGGAUCUGUCACCCAACUUCAUCCAAUAGAGAAGUGCAAAACAAGGAUUCCUGAAGGCAGAGACAGAAAUAACGCAUCAAAUCCAAUCCCAGCUAGCAACAGUGGAAGUGCCAGCCUAAUGACUCAAGAUGGAAAGAAGCUUGUCAAAAAAAUUGCACCAAUCAUGAGGAAAUCUUUGAAAGCCUUCAAGAGCAGAGUUGGACGACGAUAAUAUGAAGCUGCAUACUGGAAGCUUAUGUGACUAUCUGUAUAUUAUGCUACAGCUAAUUGAAGUAAUGACAAUGUAAGCAUUUGCCUUUGUUAAAAUAAUUAUGAAACUUUGAAGGGGCAAAUGAUUUCCUACAAAAAUUGGAAUAUCUGACUCCUUUUCAUGCUGUUGCUUUCUUAUUAAUGGAUGAGGAAAACUAAAUUGAAAUAAGGUCAGUACAUAGUAAUGACAAAUCGGUUAAUAUAGACUGUUAUAGGUGCUGUCUUUAUCAAUUUAUGUACACAUUUGCUUAAGCUUUUCAUGGAAGCACUUAAACUGUGGGUGUAUGUUGUGGAGGUUAAAUUUAUCUCGUAGAAAGAGCCACAAGGUGUGCUUGGAUACAGCUGCAAAGAGGUCUUUGUCUCUAUUACAGAAGUGUUUUGGAAACUUGGUGUAUUUAUUUCACUGAAAAUUUUUCUAGGGAGACUUAUGUGCCUUUCUUUUUAUGAAAACAUGAUAUGGUUGGGUUUUAGUUUUUCCUUUUCCAGAAAGAGAAGACUAUAAGACAUUUUUGGAGCUCCACUUCUGACUUGCUGGAAGUGGGCUGUGAAACAUCCUUACUCAGGACACCACAUGCUUUUCAGCCCUUUUACUUGACUCGGGCAAUGUGCCUUUCAAGCAGACGUAGGAGAUAGUGAUGUCUAAAUUGCUUUUUUUAAAGUGGGUUUUAUAUUCUGCCAGGGUAAAUAGGGCAGGCCAUGAGAGCAAGUUAAUGAAAAAUCAUGUGUUAUUCAGGAGCUCUGUCUAGUUGGGACAUUUCUGGUACAAUAAUUAAAACCAGACCUGUCCUUUUGUUGUACCAUCUAAAGGCAUUAAGUCCUCGUGUGGGAGAUAGUCUUUUGGAAACAAGCAGAAGGGAAGGAAACCAAAAAUGUCAUCAGUUUUGAUGCUAUGGUCAGCUUGAACUCGCACAGAAUAAUCCAUUGAAGUCUGGAGAUGAGAGAAAACUUGUCCUAUACUCUGAUCUGCUGUGUUCUCAGCUUGUUGUGAAGAGGCUUAGCUCACAACCUUAAAUAAGAGUCUUUAUGUUCAAAGUGAAAGAGCUAUUUGGUCUUGAAUAGCUGCCCGUUCAAGAGUUAGGCACUGCUGUGUUUUGGGGUUGGUCUAUGAGUGCAAUUGCAUUUAGAGAUGAGAAUCCACUUUGUGGUUGCUUUGUCUAAAUCAGUGCACUUGCAUGAAUUUUAAGUCUGGCUUUGCCUUGAAGGCAUGGCUUACAAAUGGAGGCCCUCUUUCUAUGGACUGCACGCAGUGGCUUUAAGUAGGUCUUGUUUCUUCCUUUGUGCUUCUGUAGGAUUUGGCAUCUUAGAACUCCUGAAGGACAGGGUAAGGAUAAGGUCAUCGUGAAACCAAUUACUGUCACUUACUCAAGAUACCCAUUGUGUGAAUUUUCUCACCAUCCUACAAAUUUUCAGGUAGAUCACAAAACUACUGCUACUUUAAAAUAGCUUUUGCAGCCAGGUAACAUGUUCACCCACACAACUUGUGUGAAUGCUCUGUUCAUAGUGAGAUUGUAAGUUGGCAGGUGUGCUACUGUGGUGUGGUUUUACUCUAUACAUAAUCGCUGCACUGAAAAAGAAUGAAAGAUGGUCACAGGUGUGUUGACCUAGAAAAUCUGUGGAGAGCUUUCUCUGUCUCUGGGAUCAAAACAAGCAUUGACUCAUAAGAGAGGUUCUGCAGUGUCUGCCAUCCACAUCUGUAAAGAAUGCUUCUGGGAGGAGCUGUUCAGGACUUAAACCUGGCUGAAUGGCCAGUAUACCACCUGUUGUCCAUCAAACAGCUCUGGUCACCCUGUAGAUGCUAAUCAGUGGUAGAAGUUUAGUUUGGGUGGAGGUUUUUAUCCAGCGGAGCAUGAAUUAGUCAAGAAUUCUGCCUCUUUGCUCAAUCACUUUAUUUGCUGUAGUUGUUGAAGGUAUCCUUUCAUGUAAGAAAAGACAAAAGUGUAACUAAGCCUUCUGUUGGACUCUGGCAUUAGAGAGCGCAGCUGUAAGCGUUCAGAGCAGCUAUAGAUGACAGAAACAUUGCCUUGGGAGAUUGAAGGAUAAAGUUGUUUUAACUCUUAGACUUGCAUUGUUAAUUGAAGUAGAAGAUGACUGUUUUCCUGUCCUUGACAUUGAUGGCAGAGCUGUGUGGAGAACAAAUGUGACUUUAAGUUGCUUUCAUUUUCUCUUCUUUCUCUCAUUUCAAAGGCUAUAGAUGUAUCCUUGGUAAAAGAUAUGCAGAGUGUGUCCAUGGAAUCAGAUUGUUUUCCUGACUAUUUCUACAUUAGAAAAUAUUGUAGACAAGCAAGUCUCUUUACAAUAAAG